UCAAACAAGCCCCAGCUCGGCUCCAGGCAUGACACGAGUCGCGUGUGGCAAAAGUCACGGAUACGAAAGGAAGCAGUCAUAUGCCGCCGUACGGUUCGGUUCCGUUGGGUCAGAGGUCGUCUUUCCUGUUUGCUGUUCCGUCCGUGCUACAAAUGGCUUUAAUGCUGUGCGGAUUGUAGAGUUGCAUGCGUUUAAGGCAAGAUGGGGGGAAGUUGAGCAGCGCAACAGCUGGCAUAUGUCGACAGUAGGAAGCUCCAUGCAAAACCGUAUCGAUCGAGGCGGCUGUGGUCUUCCCACAGUGGGGCAAUGGGAAUCGGUUGCAAUCUAUUAUCCUCUCCCACCCAUGUGUUUGCGGUGAGAUUUGCUUUGAUUUGGCUGUUGGUAGACGUAAGGGAGUGAUUUAAAUCUUUGGUUGGUUUUGGUUUUGAAAAAUUAGCCCUUUUUUUGGCAUGACUAAUUGAGGAUGCCACUAGCCUUUGGCAGGGUAAUCAUUAUUCUCCGUGGCAUACACGUUCAGAGAGAUGAGUAAUUGACAUAAUGUGUUGUGUCCUCUCAUCGGUUUUAGAAACAUCUGGUCUCAAUAAAUCGUCGUUCUUCUGGUUCACAGCCAAAAACAAGUCAAAAUUGAAGAAAGCAAAUUGAAAGGGUUUCAUCGAAUCCCUUGGUAUAUGACGAAAGGGUAUUCCAUUCUAAAUCAAUAUGCUGAAAAAUGCCAAAAACAUUGCAAUCUAUUUCAAUUUCAUUUCAAUCUUGAGCUGAUAACUAUUGAUAUUCUGGAGCAGAACAAUAUAUUCCGCCCAAAUGUAUGCAAUAAUAUAUGCAAAGUAUGAUUAUUAGAGAUGAGUUAUAUGGAGAUUUGGCUCUCGAGAUGAAUGUUAGUGAGUUCCCAAAGCUUCAUGUCAUAUCUUAAGCUUUUUAUCCAAAACACAUAUAAACUACAACUAAUUUUAAUAAUUUAUUAUUGAUUUGUACUGCUCAUUUAUUUAUUUUGAAGGAUUCAUGUAGACAUUGAACAUAUUUGCUCAAAGCAUUGUACAAUUCCAGGAUCAGUAUAAUUUGCUUCAAGACCUUUUACAUUUGGAAAUUUGUUUACCUUUGCGUCUACGUCUCUCAUCCGAGAUUAUGUUCUGUUGUACAAACAGAUGGAUUAAUGUUCUAACAUCUCUUUGUGUGUCUCUCAUGUCAAUUAUAAUUGACAAAACGGGAUUAAAUUUAAUGCCCAAUAUUUUGCAAAUCUCCAUAAUCCAAAAGCAUCCCCUCGUGAACUUGCAGCGGUAAACGUGUUUAACAAUUUCACCCUGGUGUUGCUUCAAACACCGAGUCGACACCAAAUUUGUCACCGUGUCAAUUAGCGUUAGUUGCCUUAGAGCUUUCAAUUAAUUACACCGCAGACGCAUACCUUCUUGUCUUGGCGUCGUUUGUUAAACCUACCCGCAACAGCAACAGUUUUGUUUUGCUUUUUUUGUCGUUCGGCUUGCGCACAAAGGCAUCUCAACAGUGUUGCUGCCUCCACUGUCGUCACAAGCUCGCGGAAUUACUCACCAGCACCAGCGUCAUCUAUUUGCGGAGAACAACAACGCACAGCCUCACUACAACUAUUGCGCGGCAAGGUCAGACACUCCGUUCGGGGACCCGUCCCAUUAACCGGACACUUUGUACGAGACUCGUAAAAAUACGUUCCCUCCCCCCCUCUCUCUCUCUGACACCACUUCCGACACCGUAGAACCUGUCUGUAAAUAGUCAACUCUUUUGACUGCAGUUCGAAAAUGCGAAAUACGGCGCGAUUCGUACGGGCGACAGCGUGAUGGCCACAUUUGGACAACGAUUGACGCUGGCUGACGAGGCUGACGGCUGUGUACGGUCGACGGCAACAUUCGUCACGCGCGGCGGCAAUCCAAUGGAUCGUAAAACAAAAGUUUGCUCGUUUCAGUACGGUUUCGAAGUGCAAAAGAUUCACUUUGCUAGAAAGUUUAUCUGUGUGUGUUUGUGCUGUGCUGUAUCGUUUCGGAAGUUGGCACUUUGAGCGGCUGCUGCUUUCCGUGCUGCCCGAGCACGUCGCGGUCAAGAUGCGACAGGAUCUCGGUUCGACCAACUCGGAGCAGUUCAAGAAAAUCUACAUGAGUCGCCAUGAAAACGUCAGCAUUCUGUAUGCAGAUAUUGUCGGUUUUACGGCCAUCUCGUCCACCUAUUCGGCCCAGGAUCUGGUGAAGAUACUCAACGAGCUGUUCGCCCGCUUCGACCGUCUGGCUGAGAAAUAUCAGCAGCUGCGAAUAAAAAUUCUCGGCGACUGUUACUACUGCAUCAGCGGGGCGCCGGUCGAGCGGCCGGAUCAUGCCGUCCUCUGCGUGCACAUGGGCCUGUCGAUGGUGAAAGCGAUCAAGUACGUUCAGCAGAAGACAAACUCACCGGUGGAUAUGCGCGUCGGAAUACACACUGGGGCGGUGCUGGCCGGCAUCCUCGGCCAGCGCCAGUGGCAGUUCGACGUCUACUCGAAGGAUGUCGAGCUGGCGAACAAGAUGGAAUCGAGUGGCAAGGCAGGCCGUGUCCAUCUGUCGGAGAAAACGCUCGGCUUCCUGAACGGGGAGUUCGAAGUGGAGCCGGCCUUCGGUGAAAAGCGCGAGGAAGCGCUCCGAAUAGCGGGCCUCAAGACGUACUUCAUCACGAAAGUGCUGAAACCGUUCUGCCCGUCGGAGCACAAAAAUGGUUCAGCCGAUCCGAAGGACGUGGUCAUCGAACCGGACGGACCGUCCGAGAUCUUGCGCGAAGACGACGAUGACACAAAGCCGGCGAACGGUGCAAACGCGGGAGACGAACCAUCCACGCCUGGCACGGACGACAAAACCGAUCCACUGGAGGACGACACGCAGGCAUCCGAGGACUACAAGAUGCGCCUCCGCAAAGAGCUCGUCAGCCGGGACGGGCACAGCGAAAUCAGCAAGGAUACGACCAUCUUCCUCACGUUCAACGACAAGACGCACGAGACGGCCUACAACGAGUACCGGGAGCCGCACAGUGCGGUACCACUGCUGGCCGCCCUGCUGGUGCAGUUCGUCGCCAUCCUGUACGCUCUGCUGGUUCUUCCAAGGACGGCGGUGCACUUCGAAAUUGUGAUACCGCCACUAGUGAUCAUUUUCGUGAUGGUAUUCAUCUCCGUCGCCGAAAGCCUAACCGGGAUUCUGCCGGCAUUCAUCACUCUAAACAGCAAACGAUACAACGAUAGUACCAGCUUACGGAAGUCUACGGCCAUCAUUAUCGUCCUGCUGCUGGGCGUUUCGAACGUGAGCGACAUGCUGGCAGCGUCGCACCGGACACCGCUCAGCCUGAACAUCACGAACGUGUCGUUCGCCUCGACCGAGAUGGAACCGGCGAGCGUCUGCCUGUUCCCGUCGUACUUCAGUAACUAUACCGUUUUAAUACUAAUUGCCACCUCAAUCAUAACGCAAUUAUCGCAUCUCAGCAAAAUUUUAUUAAUGAUCAUCAUAACCGCGAUCCAUUGCUACGUGAACAUCUUCCACCUGGACGAAGCGUUCCGGAACGAGGACUUUGGCAUUAUGAACGUCUUUCCGCUACGCUACACUCUGUCCGCGCUGCUGGUCGCCGUAACGAUAGCGCUUUCCUUCCUGGCCCGACACAUCGAUAAAGUAGAUCGUGUAAUAUUCAUGUGGAAGACGGAGGUAAUCGACCAGAAGGAGAAGGCGAGCGAUAUGAGGCGCCGGAAUGAGGCGCUCGUGUACAACGUCCUGCCGAUGCACGUCGCGGAACACUUUAUGGGCAACCGGAAGCGCUCGCACGACGACCUGUACUCGCAGAGCUACGCCGAGGUGGGUGUCCUGUUCGCUAGCAUGCCCAACUUUUCCGACUUCUACUCGGAGGAAACGGUCAACAACCAGGGGCUGGAGUGUUUGCGCUUUCUCAACGAGGUCAUCUCCGACUUUGAUGCGCUGCUGGAGCUACCCCAGUUUCAGGACAUUAUCAAAAUCAAAACGAUCGGCUCCACGUACAUGGCAGCGAGCGGUCUCAACCCGUCCCGCAUCGUCAAACCGGACGAUCCAGUGUCGGUCCGGUGGGCCCACCUGGCACUGCUGGUAGAGUUUGCGCUCGAGCUGAAGAAAGCGCUGCAGGGCAUCAACGAGCAGUCGUUCAACCAUUUCGUGCUGAAGAUGGGCGUCAACCAUGGGCCGAUUACGGCGGGCGUGAUUGGAGCGCGCAAACCCCACUACGACAUCUGGGGCAACACGGUAAAUGUGGCGUCGCGGAUGGAAAGCACGGGCAAGGCCGGCGCCAUCCAGGUGACGGAGGAAACCUGCCAGAUACUGCAAACCUUCGGCUACACGUUCGAGCAGCGCGGGCUCGUCGCGGUCAAGGGCAAGGGACAGCUGAUGACGUACUACCUGCAGGGGAAGGUACCGCGUCCGACAGGGCCGACCGCGUCGCCGAUCCUGCAGAACCUGACCGCGAUGGAGACGGUCCAGGAGGUGGACGAAUCGAAGGAAAGCCCGCCGGCACUGGCACCGCCACCAGGCGAUGGAGCGUCACCCGCCCACCAGCUACACUCGGUGUCGAGCCCGAGCACGGCCAGCCCGAACAGUGUGCGGCUGAAUCAGGAGUACGUGGAGAUGAAGGCAUCGAACGCGUCGACGGCGAUGCUGCAGGAAAGCAGCAGCAGCAUUAGCAACAACACCACCACCACCACCAGCACGAAGCUAACGGUUGUGUCGGAGAAGACGACCACCAUCUCGAGUACGAGCAGCACCAGCUCGACUACGGCGGAGACGAGCGUCAGCAAAACGGCCCAAUCGAGCGUCCGAUCGUCGAGCCUGUUCAAUGGCGGUGAGGCAACGCCGGCCGACGAGAGUGACGCCCAAACGCCACUGCUGGAGGGUAAGAACAGUACCAACGCUAGCUCGCACCAUUUCGGCGAAGGUGAAAAGGAUGCACUGCUGGAGAAUGGCUCCUAAAGAGGGGAAAGGGAAGAGCCCAUCAAAAACCCCUUCUUUUUUUCGAUAAUCGUGUAGAAUAGUGUUUAAGCUUUAAUGUUGGAAAACGAACGAGGGUCUGAGGGUAAAUCGAGGUUGUAGGUACAGUGAUCUCAGAGAGAGAGAGAGAGAGAGUGCAGUGGAAAUCGCUUCAGCAAUUCAGUGUAGCCCGGGUACACCAACCCACGGUACCAAAGCGUGUUUAGUUUUAUGUGUUUUACUUUUGUGAAGAAUGCAAAGUGUUUCGUUAGGUAUGGUUAGCUAAAUCUAUAAACUAGUCAAAGCGCAUCAUUUAUUGAGAGUAUUGUUUGUUCGGAGGAGGGUGAACGUUUAGCCUAACCGCUUUAGUACGUAUUAAAACACGGAAAACUUUGUUACAAUUGCAACGUACCCGCGCAUGGCUACGUGGGACUCAUUGAAAGGAUCUUGUGAAACGAACGAUUUAAAAGACUGCCAGAAACUGAUAUACAUACGUUACGUUAGUUAUGGUCUGCCCCAUCGCGAGAAGUACUUCAAUACAAUCAUUCAUUAAAUAGUUUUACGCCCGUUUUAUAUGCUCCAAUAUAUAUUUCGAUUAAGUUGCUUUACUCACGAGUGGUGCUUAGUUUACUCACUUGAUACUAAUGUAAACACACACGCACACACGCAGGGCUGUGUGUGUGUGUGCGGAAUGCAUUCCACCGAAGAAGAAAACACCGUACGAGGCACGAGAUAUGUUAGAUUUAUUGAACAACAAAAACGCACAUUUAAAGGUUGUUUUAGGCGGAUUUUGUUUCCUUGCAGCUGUGAGUGGAGCCGUUUUACGUAACGAAAUGUGGAAAGAACAUAUCUUAUUGCAUGAAACGAAACCGAUGAAGAGAAAAAUGUAACUGAUCAAUUCAAGAGUCAGAUAAUAGAAGAAAAAAAAAGAUUAUUUACUAUAAUAAUAUUUUAAAACAAACUCUUGCGUAGGAAAAAAGAAACCGAUACAUUGGGUUUGGUUCGUCGCACAAAGUGAAGAAACAUUAAAAAAAGUACGUUGCGUAUGCUAUUUUUUCUGACACAAUAUGAUGAAAGCAACUAAAAAAACAGAAGUAAAAUAUUUAAAAACGAAACAAAAACAACACAAACACCAGUUUUCAAUGGAAAAAAAUGAAAAUAUAUAACAAAUUCGAUUAGUAACAAAACAAACAAUUGGCAAUAAAAUUGUAGACACAGUUGUAGAGAAGCAUUGGCGCGCGCGCGCGACACGAGACAAGAGGAUGAGAGAAGAGAAAAGAAACAGUGUAACACUAGUAGCGUUCAUUCAAUGUGAUUAAACACGCAUCGACUCACUAAUUAUGGUGUACUCCUUUUUGCGCUUCAUACCGAGAUGGAAAAUUGUGUCUAUAAAUAUAGUGAAGAAAAAAGUUGAAACAUUUUGCAAAAGUGAUAUAGAAGAGGAAAACAUUUACAGAAAGAGAGAAGAUAAAUAAAAAGAAGAAGAAGAAGCAGUAAGAAAAAAGAAGAAAGAAAAAGAGGAAAAAGAAAAUAGUAAAAAACAUCAAAGAGCGAACAAAACUGUGUGUGCAUUAGAGAGAAACAACCCCAAAACAUAACUCGUUAAAGGAAAAGAAGCAAAACAAGAAAUCAUCCAUUUAGGCAACAAACCAAUUUGAUGUGUAUUAGAGAACAAAGCUUAAACAAACAAACAAACAAACAACACAAACAAGUCGAUACUACUACAGUAAAACAAAACUCACUACAAAAAACCCAUGACAACCAUAUAAACAAGUAAGCUAAACCGUUGGUAAGUGUGUGUGUGUGCGAUGGUAUUUCUUCUCUGCAAGAAGUAUUGUGAACGCGAUAGCAUUAGAAAGACGUUCUCAAAUACUAAAUGGAACAGAACAAAACACAAGCAAGCAAACAAACAAUCCUGUUUAUAAAGCUGGAGUAUCAAUACUCCAUUAUUCCAAGAGAGUGUGUGUGAGUGUGUGUGUCUGUAUUAAUUUGUUUCUUCAGCGUCGGUUUUGAUGAUGAGGUAAUAAAAAUGGCGAAGGAAAUAGUGUCAUAGUAGUAGCAGUAGUAGCUAAGAAGGUACUCCAUAGCAGAAAGAGCGCACUGACCGAUAAGAGACAGAGACUAAACACCAAACGGUGUCUGCCCUUGGACAUCUUCUUCUACCCAGCAGUACACACGAAUACAGCUUUUCUUUUACUACUACUUAUUGAAGAUUUAAGAUGUUUUAUACUCCCUACCACUGUGUCACUGUCAUCUGUGCCGCUGCAUAGCACAGUAGCAAACGGUAACACAAAACAAACUUAAGUACAAACUCGUUCACCACUAUGCCCCUUCACCAACACUCACUCACACGCACACACUCAUACAGUAGCGCGCGUGUGCAUCGGUUAGCUUCAUGACUUAUGUUAAGAAACCCGGUACGGUACCGUCGUACUAGAAAAGAAACCCUAAGUAGAUUAGUUUGUGUGGGGUCAACCCUUUUUGCUCUGUGUAAAGAAGCAGGAGAAGUAAACGAAGAAGAAAUACUCCCACCCUGGUAGUGGAGGGCGAGUAAAACUCCCACUGAAACGAUUACCCGCCCCUCCCCGGGCAUCGUUCCAGCCCACUCUCUGCCACGAUGAUGAUGCUAAUGCAGUAAAAUAAAAUCGCUGAAUGAAAAACCCAAA